UUGUCUCAAACUCACCAGGACCCCUAACCACUUACCAUUCAAUAUAUACACUCAAAACCCACAUACAAACACAACCCCUAUAUCCUCUCUCUCUAUAAACACUCAUUCCGUCUCUCUCUCCUCUGUCUCAAUCUCAGUCACACAGAUCCACACUGCUUCACCGCUUCUCGUAAUUUCAAUCUUUCUCUGUUAAACUCAAAAUUAAUUAGCCAUGAGCAAGCCUCGGACUCAGAGGCCCAAACCUCCACCUUCUGGUCGCACAAACCUCGCCUCCUGCAUCGUCGCCACAAUUUUCCUAAUUUUCGUCGUCAUCGUCAUCCUCAUAGUCUACUUCACCGUCUUCAAGCCCAAAGACCCCAAAAUCUCCGUCAGCGCCGUCCAGCUCCCCUCCUUCUCCAUCCAAAACUCAACCGUCAACUUCACCUUUGCCCAAUACGUCGGCGUUCGGAACCCGAACAGGGCAGCUUUCAGCCACUUCGACAGUAGCCUUCAGCUUCUUUACUCCGGAAACCAAGUCGGGUUCAUGUUCAUACCCGCCGGCAAGAUCGAAGCGGGUCAGACCCAGUUCAUGGCCGCCACUUUUGCAGUUCAGUCGUUCCCGGUUAACGAUCCUAAUCGGGCUGUCGGGUUGGUCCAGAACCCGUUGGGGCCCACGUUCGGGGACGGGUACAGUGGGUUGAGUGGCGCCGGCGGACCCACGAUGGAGAUUGAGUCGAGGUUGCAGAUGGCGGGUCGGAUUCGGGUCAUGCACUUCUUCACUCACCAUGUGGAAGCUAAAUCUGGGUGUAGAGUUGUGAUUUCUGUGAAUGAUGGGUCUGUGUUGGGUUUUCAUUGUUAGCUUGUUAGUUUUGGCUUUUCUUUCUUCUGAUGAGUGAAAAAGAGUGUAGCUUUUUUAGUUUUUGCCAAAAUUGGUAACUUGGGUGCCCAAUUUGUUAACCCAUUUGAUCAAUGGAAGUGUAAAAAAGAAUUGAUUUUUAACAAUUAAUCUCUCUUCAGCUGUCAUUAUGCA